CGCGGAGUGAGUGGAAACAUUAAAAUAACGUCACAUGAGAUUUCCCGGAACUCGUAAGUUCAUAUCUGAAAGUUUGUAACCGGCGACGACCUGCUCUGAAGACGAAACAUUCACACUUAAUGUCGAAGCAGAGUUGGUGCUGAGUGCCAUUAUGAGAUGUCGUCUCCAAGCGCCUCCUUCGUGCAAAUCAAGUUCGAUGACAUCCACUUCUACGAGAACUGUGGCGGUGGCAGCUUUGGGAGUGUGUACCGAGCCAGGUGGAUCUCCCAGGACAAAGAGGUGGCAGUGAAGAAACUGCUCAAGAUUGAAAACGAGGCUGAAAUCCUCAGUGUUCUCAGUCACCGUAACAUCAUCCAGUUUUAUGGUGCGAUUGUUGAGGCUCCCAACUAUGGAAUCGUCACUGAGUACGCCAGCGGCGGGGCGUUGUAUGAUUACCUGUCCAGUGCUGAGAGUGAAGAAAUGGACAUGGGACAGAUCAUGACAUGGGCUGCAGAGAUCGCCAGAGGAAUGCACUAUCUACAUUCAGAGGCCCCUGUUAAGGUGAUCCACAGAGACCUGAAGUCCAGGAAUGUUGUUGUGGCAGCAGACAAGGUUCUCAAGAUCUGUGAUUUUGGGGCGUCCAAGUUCGUGACCCACACUACACACAUGUCCCUGGUGGGCACGUUUCCCUGGAUGGCUCCUGAGGUGAUCCAGAGUCUGCCGGUGUCUGAGACCUGUGAUACUUUCUCCUACGGUGUGGUGCUGUGGGAGAUGCUCACCCGUGAGAUCCCCUUCAAAGGUCUGGAAGGUUUACAAGUGGCCUGGCUCGUUGUGGAGAAAAAUGAGAGGUUAACCAUCCCAAGUGGCUGUCCUGCCAGCUUUGCUGAGCUCAUGAGAAACUGCUGGAGAACGGAGCCAAAAGAAAGGCCAAUGUUCAAGCAGAUCCUCUCCACUUUGGAGUCCAUGUCUAAUGACAGCCAACUUCCUCAACAGUGCAACUCUUUCCUUAACAACAAGGCUGAAUGGAGGUGUGAGAUUGAAGCUACACUUGAGAGACUUAAGAAGCUGGAGAGAGACCUGAGCACCAAAGAGCAGGAGCUGAAGGAGCGAGAGCGCCGUCUAAAGAUGUGGGAGCGCAAACUCAUCGAGCAGUCCAACAGCCCGCUCUUCUUACCUGCGGCUAAAAAGAUAAGCGCUAAGUCGUUCUAUCAGUCUAAGACGGAGGAAUCAAACAGUUCACAGAUGUCGUGUCAGAUCACAACCUCCAGUAACGAGGAGGUCAAUCUGCAGUCCAUGAUGAAAGGCUUUGAGGACAUGUUUUCCUUGGACUUUGGCCGGCCCGUCCUGCACUCGGGCAUGCAGGUCAACAUGCAGGCCAGGCAGAACUCCUCCGUGUCGAGCAGUGUCAGAGAAGGACACAAAAUCAACAUGACUCUGGGGAUGGGACGCUUCACUUGGUCUGACGACAGUGAAUAAAGCUCUCUGUGUUGCCAACUGUCACAUACUGUAAUCCCACUUAAUGCAUUAUUGGUGUCGUGGAAGCAUUAUUUCUAAAUGAAUUGCUUGUUAAGUCUUGAUUACUCUAAUAAUCAUGAGAAACACCAGAAACACAUCUUGGCUUACUAUUUCUUCUGCUUUGUUCAAGUUGUAUUAAGGAAUUGCUCAAUGUAGCACAGCACAAUAUUAUAGAAUAUAUUUGUAGCCCUCCACCUAUGGAUAUUAUAGAUGUACUUUGCUUUAUGCCUAAUGUACUGGAUGUAUAGUGCCAUGCUGUGAAGAAAAAGCCACGUGAGCCAGUUGCUUAGAGGAGGCCAGGCUUUUAUGAUGAAGUGACAUUUUGCUGACAUUAAGAUUGGCCAAUUUGUUCUGGAUGUGGUGGAGUGCAGUUGUUGAGAAGCAGUCUCUUACCAGGACGAGAAAGUACAUGUUUUUUCCUCUGACUGACCCAGGUUCAAAACAGCAGGAGAGGGACUUUGCUGUGUGACUGUCAGCUUCAUUCUCUCAUUUCACAUUUUACCUUUCAAACAGACUUAUUUCUUAGGCCUUCACGUGUUUUAAAAUAUGAAAAAUAAAAUUCUGCACUUAAUCAUAAAGUGACUAAUUUGACCAAAUAUGGAUUUAAAUUAGAGCUGGGCAAUAUAUUGAUAUCAUAAUAUGAGACCAGACAUCAUCUUAGAUCAUAAUAUGGCAUAAGUAUUGUCUCUUUGUUUUAAAAACUGCAUUACAGAAAAGGGAUGUUAUUCUCUGAUCUUACCAGCCUCUUGGAGCUGUUUGCCUUUGACCACUUAGUCAGUAUAUUCACAUUACUGGUAAUUAUUUAUCAAAAAUAUCUACCCUUUUUUAUCCUAAUUUUAUCUUUUUAUUGAGUUAAAUCACAGUCCAGACCAUCAAAGUAAACAUUCAUAUAUAGCUUAUUAGCCUCCCUUAUCUGGUCCUUAUGUGAAAAAUUGGUAUAACAGAAAGUCAUAAUACUAAAUUCACAUAUGUAAUACAGAGGUAAGGACCAGUAUUGUACACAGAAUACAGGAAUAAUUAGACAUAAAUUGAAAUGAAACACGCAACACGAACUGGGUGUGUCUUAAUGUAAUGACAACAAAGCGUAGAUCAUAAAAAAACAAUGAACAGAUGCAGACAACCUCACUUUAAACAAAUGAUGGUCGCACAUUUGUAAUGUACUCAGUCCAACAUCCCCCUCUUUUCGAAAACACAUCCUGUUGGAGAUAAAAUCGAAAAAGUAAUCCUUUCCAUCUUAAGAAUGUAAUAAAUUAAGUCAAUCCAGUCAUCAAUUGUCGGUAUUUCUGGUCUUCGCCACUUCCUAGUAAUAGCUUUCCUAUCAGCAGCACUUAAUCUCUUAAAUAGGUAUCAAGCCAGUAGCAUGAUGUAGCAAUUCCUACUGGAAGGUUAAAAAAUCUCUCUUCUAUCUAUUUAAGAAAGCACCAAAUUGUCAACUCUUCAAUAUCAUCACAAUCAAUAUCAACUUGAGAUAUUGGGUCAAAAUAUUGUGAUUUCCUCCAUAUCACCCAGCCCUUAUUUUAAUAGAAUAAAAGUCUUCUGUCUGAAUAUUUUACGUACAGUAUCACAUCAUAGGUCUAGCUGAAUAUUCGCCUAAAGAAAAAUAAUUAGCAAUAAUAUCAAUGUUUCUGCACAAAAAAUGCCUCAGCCAGAAGUUUCAGUUUUGACCAAAUACUGAUUUUAACAGAAUCCUUUCCUUCUGCAGACACUUUUUACGCAGAGUAUCACAUCUAACUGAAUAUUAGCCUCGAGACCUGCACUUUACAGUAGAGAAAAUCGUAUUAGCAUUAGUGUUCAGUUAGGUAUUAGGCUUCAUCUGGGGGAAGGACAUGCUUCCUUGAGCAUAGCCCAUUAAAUUGUCCCCUUCGCUUGUUAUCAUCAGUCAGUCUCAUGAGGAUGUAAUCCUCUGUAUUCCUGUGUUGUUGCUUGUUAGCAUCCUGCCAUGAACUAAUAUUCCUAUUCAAACGUCGCCUGUACUCCGGUGCCUUCAAGCCCUAUACACACUAGACUAGACAUAACAAUUACCACUUACUAAUAUUUACAUUUCCCUUUGUGAGAUCCAGACACAAUGGAAACAUUCAGCCGCCUCGAGCUUCAAAAAUCACACGACCAGCAGCUUCUUGAUGUGACUUCUUUUCUCUCACUGUUUUGUCAAUAAAUCUUUCAACUCUAUCUGUUUCAUGAGAAUCAUGUUGUAUUGCUACGAUCAUUACCAAACUCUUUAUGGUAGAAGGCAGAACAGAGCGUGGAUAAUACCAUUUCUAUAAAAUUGUAAAAUAUAUCACUUCACUGGGGAUUUAUGUUGAGCUUUUUCUUGUGAUAUUAACUUUGUAACUCCCAGUGUUCAUGCUCUGGUUACCCAUCAUCCACUUAGUCCACAUGGGGGCAGAAUUGUGUGAACUAAACCCAACUCUGAGACUUUUUUUUCUCCACACACACAAAUCACAAACACAAAAACUGAGCUCCCCAUUUUGAGUUUGAGAAAGGAGCACGGCAGCACGUUUGUGAAACACAAUAUGCUGCUUGAAAAGUGAUGCUAAGUCACUCCAAUGAGACUUUGGCAGCGGCAGAGUGUUUCUGA